AUGAGUUGUAGCAGCAUCGCUGAGAGGACUUGGUUAAGAGAGAACUGUGCGUGCGGGGAAUGUUUCGACGCUGUAAGGUCGCAGAGGAGAGUUUCGUUCUAUAGGUUAAAUGAUGAUUCUCUCACGAUAAAAGAAGUCAGUGAAACUUUAGAUGCAAAUUCAAGGAAGCAGAUCAACAUCACGUGGUCUGAUGGACACCAAUCUCACUUUGAUGCUGAUUGGAUGCAACUUCAAAGAAAUCAAAAGUCGAACUUUACUACACCAAAAAUUUUAUGGAACGCUGAAAAGAUACAAGGUUACUUGGCAGAAGAAGCAGUAACAUACGAGCAAGUGCAUUCGGAUAAGAACAUGAGCGUUAUAAAGAAAGUUUGCGAAAAUCUGCACAAGUACGGUUUCGUUGUUAUCAAGAACGUUCCAACAACUCAGAAACACAUGGAGGAAACGGUGGAAAAGAUUUCUGAAAUCCGCCCAACGAUUUAUGGGAAGAGUACCUUGAUAGGGAUCGAUCCCGACGACGAACUCCUCAGCGGGUAUCCCCUAAAUGGGGCCCUGAAAGACACUGCUUACGAUGACGAUGAUCUGCAAGUUCAUGUGGAUGGCACUUACUUCACUGAAACUCCUGCUUUCGUUGUAUUAUUCUGCUUGAAGGCAGCGAAGGUUGGUGGGGAAGCAGUUCUUGUCGAUAGCUUCCACGUGGCCAGCCAACUCAAAACGUCAUCACCAAAACUCUUUCAUUCUCUUGCCAACGACAUUGUUACGUUCAACUAUAUUGACGACCAACGUACAUACAUUGCAAAAGCUCCAACCAUUGCGGUUGAUCCAGUUUCAAAAGAGUUCCAAUGCGUCAGAUAUAACCACCUGGACAGAGGACCACAAAAAAUAUUUAUCACUAAUUCAACUGAAGAUCCCGCAGUGGCGACCAACGUCAUCAACGGAAAGCAUGUUCCUGGCCAGGACAAUUUCGACGAUACAGAAGAAGCGAGGUUUUACGAAGCGUUGUCAGAAUUUUCUAAAUUGACAGAGAAAGAAGAAAAUGAAUUGAUAUUAAAGUUGAAAGAAGGUGAGCUGAUUAUAGUGGAUAACUGGAGAUUGCUGCAUGGGAGGAAGGCCUAUGUACCACCGAGAAUUCAAUUGACGUCGAAAUUUGCAUAUCAGUGGUCGCAUGAUCCAAGAGAAGGCCCAUUGAAGCUGUGGUUCUUUGGCACAAUGAAUUUACGGCAUCUAACGGAGCAGAGGUAUCUGAGGAAACGUUAUAGGAUUGAACAAAGAAAAUGCCAGUCAUUUGUGAAGGCUAUGCUCCUGAAAACAUUUUCUAAGUCGUUGAUAGGGAGUACCACCGCAUAUUACACAAUUUAA